ACAAACUCAGCAUUUCAAAUACAAACAAGUACUGCCAUUAUAAUUAUAAAUAUAAAUAAAUGUAUUACUUUAACAAACAUUCAUGCUCUAUUGAUAAAUGCCUGCAAGUUGGGCUGCUGAUCAUUUUUGUGAAAUUGCUCAUCAAUAAGUAAACAUUGGCUGACUGUGAACAUUUUUACAUGCUGAUAAUGCUGAAUGCUUGUUUUAUCAAGCCAUUCCACAUCCUUUCUUUUCACUGGGCCAAUCUCUCUCCACUAGAGACCAGUGCUCGGGCUGUCCUGACUGCUGAUCCACAAGGGUCAGACGUGUGGUUACAGGAGACUGUGCGUCUCAACUGUAAGGUAGAGGAUUCAGAUCCAUUCACCCGAUGGGAGUACUCCUGGAAGAAGUUAAGAGAAGCAGAAGAGCCCACACCCUACUCCUAUACUGGAGAAGGCUCUGCUGUUUACAUCCUGAACCAGGUGGUGGAGUCUGACAGUGCUCAGUAUUGGUGUGAAGCAAAGGCUGAAAAUCGCACGAUAAUCAGCACUCCGUAUACUCUGACAGUGACAUCUCCACCGCCUGCUGUGCUGACCCUGGAGCCUGCAUGGAGGACGUUCUACCCCUCUGAGAAAGUCACUCUGAAAUGUGACAUUCAGAGCCAGCAGACUGAGUGGAGAUAUCAGUGGUACAAGGACGGAGAGUCUCGUAACAGUGCAUCCUCCAGAAGCACAAAUGAGUUCACAAUCCCAGCUCUAGAUCUGUCACACAGGGGAAGAUACUACUGUAGAGGGGGAAUACCAGGAAGAGCUGUUUCCACUGAAAAGAGCAACUAUGUGACACUGACUGUAGAUGCUCUCCCAACUGUGGUUCUGGCUCUACAGACGAGUUGGACAAAUUUCUUUAACGGAGAGAGAGUGACUCUGCACUGUGACAUUCAGGGAGGCUCUCCUGUGUGGGUGUAUAAUUGGUACAGAGGUGAAAAAGAACUUCCUGUGGACACGAAUAAGGACACCUAUGAGAUCCUGUCUGCCGAUCAGUCAGACUCAGGAACCUACACAUGUAAAGGACAGCAUAAAGAAAGAGAACUGUAUACUGGCAGCAGCAAUACAAUUAAAGUGAAAGUUUCUGCUCCACCGCCUGCUGUGCUGACCCUGGAGCCUGCAUGGAGGACGUUCUACCCCUCUGAGAAAGUCACUCUGAAAUGUGACAUUCAGAGCCAGCAGACUGAGUGGAUCUAUCAGUGGUACAGAGACGGAGAGUCUCGUGACAGUGCGCCCUCCAGAAGCACAAAUGGGUUCACAAUCCCAGCUCUAGAUCUGUCACACAGGGGAAGAUACUACUGUAGAGGGGGAAUACCAGGAAGAGCUGUUUCCACUGAAAAGAGCAACUAUGUGACACUGACUGUAGAUGCUCCACCGCCUGCUGUGCUGACCCUGGAGCCUGCAUGAAGGACGUUCUACCCCUCUGAGAAAGUCACUCUGAAAUGUGACAUUCAGAGCCAGCAGACUGAGUGGAGAUAUCAGUGGUACAGAGAUGGAGAG